AUGGAAGAGGAGCCGCAGACGAGACGCGCAGCGCAGCGCGCGUCACCGCUUGUGGGGGCGCUAGAACGCGGGUACACAACUAGCGGCGCUGAAGGCCAUCCUGUCACCGAUCCAAGCGGCGCGCCCAGCGGCCAGUCGCUGUCUGACAGCCCCGGAACGCGUCGAUCUUCGCAGGCUGCGGAGCUAACGAACUCGGUUGACUCCACGCUGAACCUAUUGCAGGAUGUGCUCUGGAAUGUCUUGGUGCAUAUCCGCGGCCACGGGACGUUUGAAAGUUGUUACAGUUUGGCCAAACGGCGCUAUGAAGCCCACUACCAAUCCUUGGUCAGUGUCGAGUGCAUUUUUAAAACUCUUGCGAACUACCCAGCAGAGAUCUUGUCAGCCAUGUACAUUCCUGUCAUUUUACGUUUUUUCAAGUGGUGCUCGUCCGUACGGCAGCUCCCGCCUGAGUUCAAAGGGAGCAGGUUCCUCAUCACCACGAAGAAGGGGAUAACUUUUUUAAUGACAAAUCUAUCGGAAUGUUCGUACAACGCGGCCACUUUGUAUCAAGCCUUCCGUGCGCUCAAGCUACUACAAAGCCUUGAAAUUGCAUUAUUUCCGCAAAAGCCUGCGCUGUAUCAUGACCCCGAGGACGAGGAAGCUGACGAUCCCAACUGGAAACCUUUGGAUGACAGCCAGCUUGAAGUUCUGAUAUCAUCAGUAACAAAAGGAGAUUUUAGGAUAGGUGCGUCUGCACCCCCACAACCCGAGCCUACAAAUGCGGGCAUGUUUGAAGGUUCGGCCUUAAGCCACGCAGGCCAGUCGCCGAAUCCACCCGCGCCCUUCCCAGUAACACAGCAACCGCCUCAACAGGCAGCAUUUUACGGAGCAGCGCAACAGCCUCCUUUCGGCGGGUUAGUCCCUAUGCCUCAAGAUCCGUAUGCCCCGCUUUUCAGCGGCCAUGGAAACGACAACUUUAUGUAUCAGAACCCAGAAAUGCUGUUUUCGCAUACCAUUCCAAGCAUUUUCCACAGAAUGAAUGCACUAGAGGCUGCAAAUCAGGAGUUGAGUCGCGAAAACGAUAGUCUAUCGCAGAGUUUGAAUGACCUAAAGUCAGAGCUGCAGUCAUUCAAGAGGAAUGUCGACACUGCAAUUCCCGGUGUACAAAUCCUGACAUCUCCCAGAGCGACUCACAGUCGUUACCCAUCACCCACGCCUCCAAAUAUUAUUCUGAGUAGUAGCAAUGCUAUCGACACUUCUGACAUUGCUGCGAGCGUCCAAAAACUCGACACCGACCUUUGUAAUAGCUCCGCAACUCAAACCCGGUCAUUGAUCUCGAAUUAUGAGAACAUGGUUCCUUACGGUGCGGCUCCUGGGUAUAUUCCAGAUGCAGAACUGAAGAGCUUAGAGCGCCUAAAGCAAGAGGAUGCUCUUGUGUCUUUGAGCGGGACUGGGGGGUCUAUUGUCACACCUUCGUCCGGGAUUUUUCUCACAACAGCUGAGCUCCAAUCUCCUGCCAAGAGGCCAAAGCAUAGAAAUCGUCGCAUCGAAGGUGCAAAGCUGUCGAAGGGUGAAACAUAUCAACCUCCACAAGCGCCCAAUGGGAAGAAUUAUCUGCUUGAUAAUGAAGGGAGACUUGCGAUUGUAAUGGCAACAGAGCAGAGCUCUGUUUACGGGGUUUACAACGAGUAUUAUCAAUCACUGCGACCGCAGGUUGACUCGUACGCAGAUGAUUUUGGCAAAAAGAGCAUGGGCCACUUCAGGAAGAAGCGUACCUUUCAAAAGAAAAAGGCUUUUGUUCAAUGGGUUGAGCGAAUCUCUCAACUCAACAAUAUGCCGCCCGAACUGGUAUUAGACAUAGUUGAUGAGGUUCGGUUAAAGGAAAAAAAGUCCGUUGUUUGGGCGUGUAAUAAUCUCGGUCGAUUUAGGCUCGUGCUUAAUCGGUACAAGCCAGACCUCAAAGACACUGCUUUAUCAGACGUAGAGUGA